AUGCUCAGUGAAGGAUAUGUGGAUCAGUACCGACGUUGGACCCCUUUCGGAUGCGCGAUGCACACAUACACCCCACAAGCAAAGGAAUUUUGUGUAAAUGAAAGCUCAAAAAGGGUUUAUUUCAUUGGUGAACGAGAAAGAUUGCUUCCAAUUUUCGAAUUUUUCAUAAACCAGUUACCUUCGAAAUAUAUCGAAGGUGCUAAAAUUAACUUGUCUACUGGAAAAGAAGAAAGUACUAUUACGGGCCUUCUGGUUUCGCAAGUCUUGUUGUGCUUUUUUCCGCAAAAUGAAUUUAGCCAGAAAACAAUCGCUCUAUUUGAAAAGUGGUCGAAAUUGACAAGCAACAAUAUCAACGCUGAUUACCAAGCAGAGACGGAUUGCAUGUCUCAAAUUCCAACGCAUGUUUUUCUGUCAGUGAGUCCGCACCGCAUGCACAAAGAUGUAUUGUUGCAUGUGUUUAAAAUCCAAUUUAAAGCAAAUUCCAGCGCUGAGCACGAACGGCAUGUGAUCUCUGUGAAAUAUCAAUCCUUGAUGGAACAGUUGGUUGCCCUUCAUAUGGGUCUAAACCACACUGAAACAUUUUGGAUGGAGCAAGGGGUACAUUACCAACAUCGCAGCGCUUCUCUUCCGGAUGAGUUGGUUGGCGCAUACAAUCUUAAUGCUGAAGAAACUUUGAAGACAGUGAACAACAUAAGAAUUGUGAGGGUCAUUGGAAGCGUCAUCGAACAGUAUGAGGAUAACCAUGAUGAUUCAGUGGAUCCCGCGCCCAACAUUUCCCAGAAAGUUUACUUCUCUGAGCUCUCUUGCUCUCACAUGGCAUUCGCUUACCGUUUGUUGCCAGAACUUUUAUCAAUAAAUCACAGCGAGAAGGAAUAUGUAAGUUGGAAGCACGCACCUCAAAACUAG